AAUUAUAAACUAAAAAAUCGACUAGUAGAUGUUAUUAAACAGAAGAUUGUAUAACAAUUAUAUUUAAUUACUUUUAAAUUGUGUAAAUUUCAAAACAUUAAAAUAAAACAAUUCAAUAAAGUAUUAUUAUUUCCAACUAUAAAAAUAGCAAAGGUAGGAUUCAUUUUUUUAUUUAAUAUUGCUCUUUUUAAGUAUGAGGUCAAUGCGGAUCAUCUUGAAGUUCCGAGAGAUAUUGUAGAACAAAUCCAAAAUAUUUUAGAACUAUUUGAGAGUUGGAUUGAUACUAACAAAGAAACAUACAAUGACAAGUACAUAAUGCAUUUUAAUUAUUUUGGUAAGCUAAUAGCACGAAUAUUGGAUUCGCCAUCCAAUCACAACAUUCGAUGGUUAUGGCACCUUAGUAUACUUUCAAAUUCAGUUCAUAUAUUAUAUCAGCCUUUAGAAAAAUUAGAAGGACUUGUAAAACAAUCAAAAAUUAGAUUAAAUGCUGUGGACAUUUCAAAAGUUAUCAUAUUUAUUAAAGAUCAAAUAAAAGUUUACUCCAAAAAAUAUAAAAAUAAAAAUUUUAAUACGACGAAAGAGAUUAAAAAAUUGCUUAAAGGUUUUAAAUCAAGCAAUAAAUAUGAACAAAUUGAAUUAAUUGAUGAAAUUUAUUCAAAAUUGAUAAUUCUUGAUAUGAAUAUCGAAGAAAAUUUCAAAGUAGUAGGAAAUAAUAUAGACAAUUUAUAUACACCACAAAAUCUAUUUUUCUUUGAUAUCAUUUUAAAUAAAGAUUCUGUAAAAACACUCUUUACAAAAUGUUCAGCUAUUAAAUGGAUAAGAUGCGAAGAACAUUUAAUUCAAAGUUUUAAUGCCGCUAUGUAUGUAUGGGUUGAUGAAAAAGAUAACUAUUUUGAACUAAUUAACUACAGAGAAACUUUAAUAGACACUGUAAAAUUAUCUUUUUAUAUUCAUAUAAAAUUACAAUCAUCAAUCGCUAUAGGUUAUAAGUCUGGUAUAGAUAGGAAUUUAUUUAAAAGUAAUUUGUUCAUUGAAACUUCCUGGAACUCAAUAAAAUAUUUAGUAAACAAUUUUAUAACAUUUUUUCAUUUACAAGAGGAUUCAGAUUUAAUUGAACUUAAUGAAUGGUUUAAAACUAGACCAUUUGAUUUAUCGUUUGCCGAAAAGGUUUACAAAAUAGCAAAUCGUAUUUUUCGUCGAACUAAUUUCAAUUAUUUAGAAAUUAUAACAUUAGCAGAUAUUAUACAAUUAGUAGAAAAUAAUAAAAUAGAUUUAAAAUCAUGGUCAAAAGAAAAUGUUAAUAAUCUAAUGGGUUAUUUGAACAAAGUUAAUGAUUUAUUUGAAAACGUUGACUUCGAAAUUUACGAGGUAUUUUACAAGAUUUUUUCCAACAAAUCUGAAAACAAUCUCUUAAAAUAAGCUAGUUAUAUUUUUAAAAUAUAUUGUAUAAAUAAUUUUUUAGAAUGAUUUAAAAUAAUAUAUAGAGUGUAUCAUUUUUUGUAAC